AUGGCUGCCGGCCCCGCCCAGCCUCCCUGCUCCUGCGAUUCCUUCGUUGCUCUCCCCCCGAGCACCAAAGGCAGGUCGGUGAUAUUCGGGAAGAAUUCGGACCGCUCCCAGGAUGAGGUGCAAGAGGUGAUUUAUUUCGGCUCAGCUACGUAUGAGGAAGGCAGCAAGCUGGAGUGCACGUACAUCGAGAUUGAGCAGGCCGCGCAGACGUUUGCGGUGAUUAUCAGUCGGCCGGCUUGGCUGUGGGGAGCGGAGAUGGGGGCCAACGAGCACGGGGUCUGCAUUGGCAAUGAAGGGGUAUGGACCAGAGAGCCCAUCAGCGACCGGGAGGCACUGCUGGGGAUGGACCUGGUCAGGCUCGGUCUGGAGAGAGGGUCCAGAGCCGAGGAAGCCAUGAAAAUCAUCGUCUCACUCCUCGAGAAGUAUGAGCAGGGGGGCAACUGUGUGGAGGAGCCUCAUAACUUCAGCUACCACAACAGCUUCAUGAUUGUGGACAGGCAGGAGGCCUGGCUCCUGGAGACCGCAGGAAAAUACUGGGCAGCGCAGAAAAUCACAGAGGGUGUGAAAAAUAUCUCAAAUCAGCUGUCAAUCACCACAGACAUCACCCUGGAGCACCCUGAGCUGCGGAGCCAUGCCCUGAAGCAGGGAUGGUGGGAUGGACAUGACGAGUUUAUCUUCUCCCAGGUUUACUCCUCCAAGAAGAUGCCCUCGAGCAAACAAACCAUGAAGCAGCGAUACCUGGCAGGCAAACAGUUGCUGGAGAAUCACGAAGCCGGCACGAUCGAAGUGGAAUCAAUGAUCGACAUCCUACGAGACAAGGAUUCGGGGAUCUGCAUGUGCUCUGGGUCCUAUUGCACCACGGGGAGCAUGGUAUCGCUCCUCCCACGAGAUAAGAAUCGUCCCUGCAUCCAUUUCUUCACCGCCACCCCAGACCCCUCCAGAUCCAUCUUCAAGCCCUUCGCCUUUGGACAGAACACAGUCCCGGUUCCUAUGGUGAAGUCUCCCUCCUUUGGGAGUGAGGAUCCAGUCAAACAACACCCUCGCUUCCAGAGCAAACCGGAUCGCAGACACGAUCUGUACAAAGCCCACGAGAAGGUGCUGACAGACGUGGAUGCCGACAAGAAAGAAGUUGGGAGAAGUCUGAGAGACACUAUGAGGCACCUGGAGAAGCAGGGCCUGGAUGCCAUCAUGGCCAUGAUGAACAGCAAUGAGGACCACACUUCCGAGGAACUGAUGGACAUGUUCUUUGACUGCGUAGAGGCAGAGAUGAAUCUUUACAAAUGAGUUUCUGCUCU